AUGACUGUGGGGAGUAUCAUCAGAAUGCCAAAUAUCAAGGGUUAUUUACCAAGACAGUCUCUCUUUACUCGGUCCCUAUUGAAGAAACUACCAUCUGCGUCUUCUGAAAUAUCACAACUUCUAAAUGUGUUCAACAACCUUUCUAAAACCAUGAUGGAGUCAGUCAAAGCGUGUCACAAUCCUGCUAAUACAGGGGAGGAGAAAAGCUGUGAAGUUUCUUUUGAAGGAAUGCUAGACUUUGCCAAGUUCAUCUUGGGCCGGAACAUUACAGCUCAUACCACAGAGAGUGUCAACGGUUCAUAUCAAAACAUAAUUGUGGGUGGCGUAAAUGUCAUUGGUGAAAAAUCCGUUACUUGUCACUGUAGCUUGUUUCCAUACCUUAUGUACUACUGCCACAAUGUACCAGGGGUUCGCAUCUAUCAAGUUGAUAUUUGGGAAGUAAAAUCCAAGCAGAAGAUCAAUAAUGGUGUUUUAGUGUGCCAUUUGGACACCAUUUCAUGGAGUCCAGCUCAUGUUGCUUUUGAGGUUCUCGGAUACGGACCGGGCUUUAUCGAAGCCUGCCAUUGGGUGUUCGAGAACGAUAUGGUAUGGAUUGCUGCCUAG